GAGAUUGACCUGAAUCGGGAAAAGAAAAAGAAAUGGUGCUCCUGGCGCUACAGAUAACGGCGGAGCUCGAAAACCUGACUGACCUUCAGCCCCAAAACGGCUGCGACGAUCCCGACUUCACCUAUCUCUUCAAGUUGAGAUGCCAGAGCUGUGGUGAGCUGACUCAGAAGGAAACUGCUUUGAGUUUGAGCGAGUCUGUUCCUCUUCCUGUGGGCAAGGGAACCACUAAUCUCAUUCAGAAGUGCAAGUUCUGUGGCAGGGAAGGAAGUAUAACCAUGGUGCCUGGUCGGGGUCGGCCAUUGACUCAGGAGUUCAGUGAAGCUGGGAAGUCUGCACCCUUGAUGGCAUUUGAAUGCAGGGGUUAUGAGCCUGUGGAUUAUGUAUUUGCUGGCGGGUGGAAGGUUCGAUCGUUGGCUGGGACAACCUUUGACAAUGUUGACCUGUCGGAGGAGGAGUUUGCUGAGUACGAUGAGAAGGGUGAGUGCCCAGUUAUGAUCUCCAAGCACUGUUCUUCUUUUGUUGUGCUGAAAAACUAGAGCUGAGUGCAGAGAGUUUUAAUACAUGGGGCUAGCUGGUCUUUUGUGAAUAAGAUAGAAUCAUACAUAUCCCGUGUACUGUGGGCAGAAGAUUUGUUGUAGCAACGUGGUAAUAUUGGUAUCUGAAUUUGUUAUUUUGAUGUCACGUUGAAAAUUGUUCCAUGUACGCCUCUUUGCUAAACAAUGCUUUGAACGAGCCUGAAAACAUGUUGUGUAUCAACUAAUAACAUGUACUGAGACAUCAGUUUCUCUGCUUUCCUAAUUUCUCCAGAUACCAAGUAAGAACGACAGAUCUGUUGUAA